GAAAGGGUCUCGAGCCCUGGCUGACUUUGAGGACAAAAUGAACGUGACUGGACUCUUCCAAAAUGCAUAUUGACAAGCCACAGUCCCUUUGGAAGAAUGUACUUUGGACAAAUGAAAGAAAUGUUUUGGACACAAUGAAGUCAGAAGUCUAUCAAAGCAUUUUGGAGCAAAACAUACUGCCUGGUGUCAUAAAGCAGUGUCUUAGUCACAGGCCAUGGGUCUUCCAGGAGGAUAAUGACUACAAACAAACAUCACAAAAGCACCCAUGAGUGGAUGAGAAGAAAAAUCAUUCAACGGCCUGCAAUGAGUCCCGAUCUGAAUGCCAUUGAAAGUCUGUGUAAAGAAGUGAAACUCAAACUUGCAGCUAGGACAUCUAUAUAAUACUUGUGUUUAGUUGAAGGUGUAGCUGUAUGUGGCGAACAAUAAGCAAUACAGUAGAUGGGCUCAAAUACUCAAAUUGUAAAACUAUUUUUCUGUUGUUUUCAGAAAUGGAGGAAAGAACUGGCCAAAAACCGAGAAAGGUUGUUAGGUGGAGGUGACAAGGACAAAGAGAAAGACAAAAAGGCAACUGACAAAGAGAAAGAAAAAGAGGAGAAGAAAGAGAAAAAAGAGAAAAAGAAGAAAGAGAAGAAGAAAUCCAACAGGCAUUCUUCAUCUUCCUCCCCCUCCUCAUCGAGUUCUGAUUCCUCCAGCAGCUCCUCCUCAGAAUCUGAAGACGAGGAUGAAAAGAAGAGUGUUAAGAAAAAGCGGAAGAGAAAGAAGUCAUCGGCCAGGAGAGCAUCAGACAGUUCAGACGCAGAAUCCGAUGGAGAAAUGAAGAAGAAGAAGAAAAGAAUCAAGGAAGAAGGAGAUAAAGAUAAGGAGGAAAAGAGCCGUCGAAGAAAAAGGAAGGCUGAGCGGAGUUAUAAAGACUCAUCUACAGAGUCUUCUGCUGAGUCUGCUGAGGGGGAAGAGGCUGAAGCCAAGAAGAAGAAAAGAAGUAGUGAAGAAAAGGAGAAAAUCACAGACAAAUCCAAGAAGAAGAGGAAAAAGAAACACAAGAAACACGGCAGAAAAAAGAAAAAGAAGGCAGCAUCUCAGUCCGACUCAGAGCUCGACUAAAAAACGUGGCUUUGCGGUUCUCUCAUGACAGUUCACAAGUAGUGUUAUUUUUGCCUUUGACUACCAAAAACUUCUCCCAUCCAGCUUUGGUCAUCACACGUGAACAAGGAGACCUACAGACUUGUAACGCUGGGGUUCUGUGAUUGAAGUAAAAAUGAGGGAGGCACCCAUCCCUGUUAAGUGGCAACUACCGGUACAUAUCGUUUGGGGGUUUUUUUGGUUUUGUUUAUCACCAUGCUUUUUGUAGAUAAUUUUGUUCUUUUGAAUUACACUCAAGGACAGGACUGAAGUGAAUUCCACACCUUUUUUCCCCUCUUCAUCUCAGAGAUUUCAGUGUGACUGGCACUCACUGCCUCCUUCAGUAUGCUGGCCCUCUAGGAGUUCCUAUUUCUGCUUCAUACCUGACAUCUUGCAUUUCUAGUUGCUGGAUGAGGCUGUUACGCUAGUGCCUGUGUGAUGCAUGUAGACCUGAUAACCUGAUGUCUCGCCAGCCUCAUAUUGAAGUUGGAUUUGUGAUAAGAAAUGUGAGGUACACAGUCAACAUUUAUACAAGGGAUAAUUGUUCCGUUGGACAAAUUGUUACACAGCAGUGUAAAUGUAUAAUCAAUGGGAAUUCAUUAAUAAAGUAUUGUUUUAGCCUUUA